AGAAAACAAGUGGACUAUUGACGCCAAACACAUCAGCAGUAUAACUUAUUUUUCGCAAAAACUGUGUGGAUGUUUGUACCUGAAAAAAUUUCAGUUCAAACCCAUUCCUUUUUCCUCCAUUGUAACGCACUUCUCUCUAUCUCUCUGAGAAUUUCAUUCUCAAUUAUCGAUUCACAAUUUCAGUUCUUUCGCAACAAAAUUAUCAAAAUAUAUCUCUCAGCAUUUCUCUAAUUGUGAUGAAAUUAUUCUAGUUUUGAUUCUGGAAGUUUAUCUGUGUUAAAGUUGAUUUUUUGAUGAACGAUAAAAUGGAUAUGAAAAAGCGAUUAACACGAGGAAUAUCUAGGCAAUUUUCAACAGGUUCAUUGAGAAUGAGUGGAAAAUUCAGUUUCAAAAGGCAAAAUUCAAUGGAUCCAAGGAAUAAUAAUAUGCGGUUUAGUUUUGGUAGGCAAUCGUCUCUCGAUCCGAUACGGAGGUGUCCGUCGUUUGAAAAUGAGACGAUUGCUGUACCGGAUAAUUUGGAUUCGACGAUGCAGCUCUUGUUUAUGGCGUGUAAAGGUGAUGUGAAUGGAGUGAAGGAUUUGUUGGAUGAAGAUGUUGAUGUUAAUAGUAUUGAUUUAGAUGGAAGAACUGCUUUGCAUAUUGCUGCUUGUGAAGGACAUGUAGAGGUUGCUAAGCUUUUGUUGAGUAGGAAGGCUAAUAUUGAUGCUCGUGAUCGAUGGGGAAGCACGGCAGCAGCUGACGCGAAAUACUAUGGAAAUAAUGAAGUUUAUAGUAUCUUAAAGGCCCGGGGGGCCAAAGUCCCGAAACUCAGAAACACACCAAUGACUGUUGCAAAUCCUCGAGAAGUUCCAGAAUAUGAACUAAAUCCACUGGAGCUUCAAAUCCGAAAAAGGGAUGGAAUUUCGAAGGGUUCGUAUCAAGUUGCUAAAUGGAAUGGGACAAAAGUUUCUGUCAAGAUACUUGACAAGGAUAGUUAUGCAGACCCUGAAAUUAUAAAUGCUUUUAAGCAUGAAUUAACUUUGUUGGAAAGAGUACGGCAUCCUAAUGUGGUUCAAUUUGUUGGAGCUGUUACACAAAAUAUACCAAUGAUGAUAGUAAUAGAGUAUCAUCCGAGGGGUGACCUUGGUAGCUAUCUUCAGAAGAAGGGACGUCUAUCUCCUUCUAAUGUUCUAAGAUUUGCUCUGGAUAUUGCCAGGGGCAUGAAUUAUCUUCAUGAAUGUAAACCGGACCCAAUCAUCCAUUGUCUUUUAAUGCCAAAAAAUAUUUUGCAGGACAAUGGUGGUUUAUUGAAAGUUGCGGGAUUUGGUUUGAUUAGAUUGUCAAACAUUUCACCUGACAAAGCAAAGUCGCUGCAACCUCAAGCCAUUGACCGUGCAAGUACCUAUAUAGCACCUGAGAUUUAUAAAGACGAAAUAUUCGAUAGAAGUGUGGAUGUAUAUGCUUUUGGAGUUUUACUUUAUGAGAUGAUGGAGGGAUCACCACCUUUUCAUCCCAAGUCACCUGAAGAGGCUGCUAGAUUGAUGUGCAAAGAGGGUAAAAGACCAUCAUUCAAGUCAAAAUCUAAGUAUCCGCCGGACCUUAGAGAGUUGAUUGAAGAAUGUUGGAAUCCAGAUUCUUUUAUACGGCCAACAUUUUCGGAGAUCAUUGUGCGCAUGAAUAAAAUUGUUGCAAACUGUUCAAAACACGGAUGGUUGAAAGAUACUCUAAAGCUUCCCUGGUUAUAGAGUGAAGCAAACUACAUUGACCAUGGACAAAGCUUAAGAUCUGGAGAAGAAUAUUGACACAAGAUUCUUGUGACUAUUCGAUAUAAUUAUGUGGAUGUGUGGCAGAUUAUGAUAUCAUACUAAGCCUUAUGCUGUCUUUGCAAGAAUCGUCGUCCAUCGUGUUGUUGGACCAAAUAAAAGGAAGAAAGAAGGGUGUGAGUGAUUGGGAUGAGAAUUGAAACUUCAUGCACUGUGCUUCUCUAGUUUUGAGUAAAGCUAGAACUAGAGAAGUUCCUUUCUUAGAGUCUGUUUAUAAGCUUUCACUAGAAACAACUUGUAUCUUGUUGUAUAAGGAAAAGAGGAAGAAUAAUAUACUUUUAUUUUUCUUGUUUGAUAUGUUAAUCAAACUAUCGAGAAUUCAUUCUGCAACUAUUGUAUAAAUGCAUCCCUUAUCGCCUUUUCUGUUAA